ACCGGGAAGAUCUCGAAAUUAGCAUAGUUGAUGUCUCUGUCUCUCUCUGGGUCACUCUCCCUUCUUUGCAUUGGAGGUUUUGCACCGCGUCGACUGCAUUGGAGGAAGCGUGCCUGUCGUUCUGCCCUGCGGUUUCACAUUCGCCGCUUUGUUAUUUGUAGAGGAAAAGAGUCAUUCUUGGUGCCAUAAGACUUCCUUUUUCUUAGUCAUUUCGAGACGACUUCGGAUUCUGAGAGAGGAUGGGCCUGUUUUCACUAGCCAAGGUCUGUUGAUGGCCCUGAAGGGUUAUCAUAUGUUGGAAUUUCUUAAUUACAAUAGAGCCGUGUUAGCAAAAAAAAAAACAUCUUACAUGCAGAAGAUGUAGUUUAUACACAAGUCUUUGGUAUUGGCAAUUUAUGGCAUCGUAAAUUGGUUUUAGAGAGAGUUAAGUAAUAGUAUGGAAGAAAUACCAUCUUACUCAGAUAACUAUAGAUCUUCCUCAUCUUCAGCAAGCAGUCCUAUAAACAAAGGGCCAUCAGGUGCCUUUUUCUAUUUGAGGAAACCUGGUGCUCUACGAAAGCCAAUUUCAUUCGAGGACUCGCCAGAGUGGGACGAUGUGGAGAUUGAUCCUCACAUCGAGGGGGAAGAUUCUAUCCAUGUUGCAACUACUACAGCCUCUCCAUCGCUUUCUAAGGUCAAUAGUGGGUCAUUUCCAUCUCCAUCAGCACCCUCUUCAUCAGUUGUUGAAAGAAGGGUUGCCGGGGCUUCAAUUGUUUGGAAGGACCUUUGUGUAACUAUAAAAGAAAAGAGGAAGUAUUCUGAUAAGGUGAUCAAGAGUUCAAAUGGCUAUGCUCUUCCAGGGACACUUACAGUUAUUAUGGGACCUGCUCGAUCGGGGAAGUCAACGCUUCUAAGGGCGAUUGCAGGUAAAUUACGUGUUCCAGCAAGGCUGUAUGGUGAAGUUUUUGUGAAUGGGGUUAAAUCUCCAAUGCCUUAUGGUUCUUAUGGCUAUGUUGAUCGGAAAGAUGUGCUGAUAGAAUCUCUCACUGUCAGCGAAUUUUUAUACUAUUCCGCACUUUUACAGCUCCCUGGCUCUUCAUCUCAUAGAAAGGCUCUAGUAGAGGACGCAAUUUCGGCAAUGUCUCUUGGAGAUUAUGCAGACAAACUCAUUGGUGGUCAGUUUUUUAUGAAGCGUCUUCCACAUGGUGAGAGGAGGCGUGUCAGUAUUGCUAGGGAGCUUGUAACAAGACCAUAUGCUUUAUUUAUUGAUGAACCACUUCAUCAUCUGGACAGUGUAUCUGCUCUACUCUUGAUGGUCACACUGAAAAAACUUGCCAGCACUGGCUGUACUCUCAUUUUUACAAUGUACCAUAGCAGCACUGAAGUUUUUGGACUAUUUGACAGAAUAUGCUUACUUUCCAAUGGGAAUACAUUGUUUUUUGGAGAAACUUUGGCUUGUUUGCAGCAUUUCUCCAAUGCUGGAUUUCCUUGCCCAAUCAUGCAAAGCCCUUCGGAUCACUUUUUGCGUGCAAUUAAUACAGAAUUUGACAGGAUCAUAGCCAUGUGUAAAAAUUUUCAGGAUGACAACGGGGAUUUCUCAUCUGUUAACAUGGAUACGGCUGUAGCAAUCCGAACACUCGAAGCAACAUAUAAAUCAUCAGCUGACUCAGCUGCUGUUGAAUCCAUGAUACUAAGACUUACAGAGAAGGAAGGCCAUCGUCUAAAAAGUAAGGGAAGGCCACGUGAUGUGAUGCGAAUAACUGUGUUAACAUGGAGGACUUUGUUAACUAUGUCCAGGGAGCGGAAGUAUUUCUGGAUUAGGCUUCUACUGUACAUUCUGCUCGCACUUUCAAUUGGUACAGUGUUUUCCAACAUUGGUCACUCUCUAUCAUCUGUAAUG